GUAAUUGGAAUGGUAGAAACAGAUGGAAUGAUGAAAAAGAAAGGAAUUGGGGGAGUGGUUAGAGAUGAUGAUGGUUCUUUCGUGGCAGGCUUUGCAAAACAUAUCUACCAAAAUGGGUGCAAUAUGACAGAAGUUUGGGAGGUCAGGAAUGGGCUCCAAACUGUUAUCCAACCGGGGAUCAAGAAACUGGAAGUUGAUUGCGAUUCCACAUUUGCGAUACAACUUUGUAGAGGAGAGGUCCAAGCUCCGUGGCAUCUUAGGGGUUUAAUUCAAGACAUUGAAGUAAUGAAGAUGAAGUUUGAAGAUAUUGUCUUUGAACAACAAUAUAAAGAAGCUAAUUUCAUGGAUGAUACUUUGGCGAAGAAGGCGUCUGAAAGAAAUUUGGAGGGUAUCUGGAUUGAUAUUCCACCAGAUGAAAUUAUCAAUAAGCUUGUUGAUGAUAUUCAUGGUGUCUCUUAUCCUAGAAUAGUUAGAAUCAGUUAG